AUGACUUUUAGAGAACGUAAAAAUAAUGUUGAUUAUAUGUUAAAUAAAGAUUUACAACAACAAGAACAACAAAAGAUUGAACAAAAAAAAACUAAUGAACAAAUAAUAAAAAUUCUAAUUGAUUGUUCUCGAUUUUUAGCAAGACAAGGAUUAGGGUUUCGUGGUCAUACAGAUGAAGAUAGUAAUUUUUAUCAGUUAGUUUAUUUACUAUCUCGAUAUAAUCCAAUACUGGACGAUUGGAUAAAUAAUAAUAAUAUUCGUCCAUUUAAAAUCACUUAUAUGAGUAAAGAUUCUCAAAAUGAAUUCAUACAACUCUUGGGUGAACUUGUACAAGAAAAAAAUUUAACUGAAAUACGUCAAGCAGCGUAUUAUUCAAUUAUGGCUGAUUCUUCUAUAGAUUCAAAUCGAAAAGACAUGUUGUCUGUGUACAUUCGAUUUGUAAAUGAACAAGGUGAGCCUGAAGAACGCUUUGUGUCAAUCAAAGAAGUUCAUUCAAAAACUGGUUAUGAAUAUGACAUUUUAAAACUAAAAAUAGUUUACAGUACAGAUUUUGCAUCAAUCGAUUUUCUAGAUCUUUCAUCAGAACGUUAUUUUUUAGGUGAUGGAAUAGCAAAUCAUUUAUUAGAAGUCUUAAAUGAACUUGAACUUGAUACAAAAAAAUUAAUUGCACAAUCAUAUGAUUGUGCUAACAAUAUGUGUGGACAAAUGAACGGUGUUCAAGCGAAGAUUUCUGAAAAAUUACAUCGUGACGUCAAGUACAUUCCUUGUUCUUCACAUCGAUCCAAUACGGUCGUCAAACAUUCAUCUGAAGCUAAUUUAGAUAUAUAUUCUUUUUUUGGAACAUUACAGACUGUAUAUGUUUUUUUUACUUCUAUGUUUAUUUAUUUUUUGUUGAGAAUGAGUGUGCUGAAUGAAAAAUAUUCAACCAAUUUGUUUUCAUUAACACCAAAAACAAUAGCAACAACAAGAUGGAAUGCUAAAUAUCAGUCAAUGAGAGCUAUGUACGAGUCAUUUGAUGAAGUUAUACAAGCACUUAAUACAACAGCUAAUGAUCAGAUUAAUUUCGACCUAGAAUCACGUCAACAAGCUAAAGCCAUUAGUUUUAAUAUUAUAACUUUACAUUUUAUUAUAUAUUUGGUUUUCAUGAAAAACUUAAUGGCUAUGACUAACAGUCUUUCAGUUCAUUUUCAAUCUGAAAAAAUAGAUUUAUUAGCAGCUGGUGAGCUAUUGUCUGAAACAAUACAAUUAUUAGAACUUGAACGAUCAAAUGAAGUUAAUUUAAACAAUAUAAUUACUGUAAGUGAUGAAUUAGCAAAAAAAUAUGGAAUUGAUCCAGAUGAAGAAUUUCAUCGUAAACAUCGAAAAAGAAGGCCACCAAAGAAACUUGAUGAUAAUCCGCAAACAACUUACAAUUUUUCACGGUAA